AUGAAGGAGUAAAGCUUGGAGAUAUGGCUUCAGGCAGGAGAUCUCUUAGGAAGAUGUUUCCGCAGUCAGGCAAAUCCAUCGUCUUUGACAGCUUUCCCGAUCCUUCUGACACCUGGGAGAUCGUCGAGACAAUCGGAAAAGGGACCUACGGCAAAGUGUACAAAGUGCUGGAUAAGAUCAAUGGCAGCGAGGCGGCCGUCAAAGUACUGGAUCCGAUUCACGACAUCGAUGAGGAGAUUGAGGCAGAGUACAGCAUCCUGAAGGCACUUUCUGAUCAUCCCAAUGUGGUCAAGUUCUACGGCAUGUUCUACAAGAAGGAUCCUAAAAACGGAGACCAGCUGUGGUUGGUGCUAGAGCUGUGUAACGGAGGCUCAGUCACAGACCUGGCCAAGGGAAUGCUGAAAAGAGGAGAGCGGAUGGACGAAGCCAUCAUUGCAUAUAUCUUACACGGAGCACUCAUGGGCCUGCAUCAUUUACACGAGAAUAAAACCAUCCAUCGAGAUGUAAAAGGGAACAACAUCCUCCUGACCACUCAGGGGGGGAUCAAGCUGGUUGACUUUGGUGUAUCAGCUCAGCUAUCCAACACCCGUCUCCAGAGGAACACUUCUGUCGGAACGCCGUUCUGGAUGGCCCCUGAGGUCAUAGCAUGUGAGCAGCAGUUGGAUUCGACGUAUGACGCUCGUUGUGAUGUCUGGUCUCUUGGCAUCACUGCCAUCGAGCUAGGAGAUGGAGACCCACCCCUGGCGGACCUCCACCCCAUGAGGGCUCUCUUCAAAAUCCCAAGAAAUCCUCCACCAAGUCUGCAACAACCAGAGAUCUGGUCCGAUCAGUUUAACAAUUUCAUAUGCAAGUGUCUGAUUAAGGACUUUGAGCUCCGGCCGAAUAUUCAGGAUCUCCUCCAGCAUGCCUUCAUCAAACAGGUCACAGGCCAAGAAGAAACUCUACAGAAACAGCUGACAGAGCUUAUUGAACUCAACCACCAGAUCGGAGUUAUUGAGAAAACCAGACACGAAAGAAUUCACACUAAAAAAGGCAGCAACAUGAAGCCUCAGAGCGACCAACCUGACGACCUGGAGGAUCUGGCAACCCUGGAAGUCCUCGAUGAAAACACAGUGACAGAGCAUCUGCAGAAGCGCUAUGCUAACGAGCAGAUCUACACAUACGUGGGAGACAUCCUUAUUGCUGUCAACCCCUUCCAUGAGAUUGAUCUGUACACUCCUGAGCACUCAAAGAUGUACAUUGAGGCCAAACGCACAGUAAAUCCUCCUCACAUAUUCGCCAUUGCUGACGUCGCCUACCAGUCCAUGGUGUCCUACAACACUGAUCAGUGUAUUGUGAUCAGUGGAGAAAGUGGUGCGGGGAAGACAGAAAGCGCUCACCUCCUGGUCCAGCAGCUCACCGUCCUUGGCAAGGCAAACAACCGGACUCUCCAAGAGAAGAUCCUGCUCGUGAACAACCUCAUCGAUGCAUUCGGAAAUGCCUGCACGGCCAUCAACAGUAACUCCAGCCGCUUUGGGAAGUAUCUGGAGAUGAAGUUCACGUGUGGAGGAAUGGUGGUGGGAGCUCAGAUCUUUGAGUACCUGCUGGAGAAAUCCCGCGUCGUUCACCAGGCUGCUGGAGAGCGUAAUUUCCACAUAUUCUACUACAUCUACGCUGGCCUGGCCGAGAGAAAGAAGCUUGCUCACUACAAGCUUUCUGACAGUAAAGCUCCAAUGUACCUUCAGAACGAAAACGUCAAGCUCGUGCCAGACAUCGUGGGCAAUGCCUCCUACAAGGAGCAGUUUGAAGCAGUGGAGCAGAGUUUCAAAGUGAUCGGCUUCACCCUUGAGGAACUAGGAAGUGUGUACAGCAUUAUUGCAGCCAUCUUAAACACUGGAGAUAUCGAGUUUGAUUCAGUGGCUACGGAGCAUCAAACUGACAAGAGCAGCAUUACUAGCAUGGCCAUGUUAGAGAGCGCUGCCUCAUUGCUGUGUAUCCGUUCAGAUGAGCUGAAGGAGGCUCUCACUUCACACUGUGUGGUGGCUCGGGGUGAGACCAUCGUCCGACCCAACACGGUGGAGAAAGCCACGGAGGUGCGGGACGCCAUGAGCAAAGCACUGUACGGACGCCUCUUCAGCUGGAUCGUAAACCACAUCAACUCCCUGCUGAGACACAAUAACCAGAACGGAGAAGAAGACAAGGAACAAAACAUUGGCAUCCUGGACAUCUUUGGCUUUGAAAACUUCAAGCAUAACUCAUUCGAGCAGCUCUGUAUCAACAUCGCCAACGAGCAGAUUCAGUUCUACUUCAAUCAGCACAUCUUCACAUGGGAGCAGGAUGAGUACCUGAAUGAGGACGUGGACGUGCGAGUGAUUGAGUAUGAGGACAACCGGCCCCUGCUGGAUCUUUUCCUGCAGAAGCCCAUGGGUAUGCUGUCACUGCUGGAUGAAGAGAGCAAAUUCCCCCAGGCUACGGAUCAGACCCUCGUCGAGAAAUUCAAGGACAACCUAAAAUCGAAAAACUUCUGGAGACCAAUGAGGGUUGAUCUUGGGUUUGGAAUCAACCACUAUGCUGGAAAGGUGAUCUAUAAUGCUUCUGGGUUCCUGGCUAAGAACCGAGACACUCUUCCUGCUGACAUCAUCCUGCUGUUGAGAUCUUCAGAGAAUGAGCUGAUUCGCAAAUUAGUCACUAAUCCGCUCACUAAAACAGGUAAUCUUGCUCACACCAAGGAAAAGGGGAUAGGGUCAGGGCAAUCCAGGUCACGUCAACGCUCUCCUCAGCGGUCUGGAAACAUUGUCAAGGGGGAGAACGGUUCAGAAAGCAUGCAUCAUCCUCGAGAGACCACCAACAUGAGGACUCAAACCGUGGCCGCUUAUUUCAGAUAUUCCUUGAUGGACCUCCUUUCAAAGAUGGUGGCCGGACAGCCGCACUUUGUUCGCUGUAUUAAACCCAACAAUGAUCGUCAGGCUCAUAAGUUCGACAGGGAGAAGGUACUGAUUCAGCUGCGCUACACUGGCAUCCUGGAGACGGCUAAGAUCCGCAGGCAGGGCUACUCUCAUCGCAUCCUCUUCGCGAACUUCAUCCAGCGGUACUACAUGCUGGCUUUCCGUGCGAACGAGGAGCCGGCCGUCAGUCCUGAGACGUGCGCAGCUAUUCUGGAGAAAGCCAAGCUGGAAAACUGGGCUCUGGGCAAAACAAAGGUCUUUCUGAAGUAUUAUCACGUGGAGCAUUUGAACCUCAUGGUCAGGAGAACCAUGGACCGGAUUGUGCUGGUCCAGGCGUAUGUAAGGUGUUGGCUAGCGGUCCAAAACUACCGUAAAACCUUGGAGAAGAGAACUCAGAGUGCUGUAGUCCUUCAAUCAGCAUUCAGAGGACAUAAGGUGAGAAGACAAAUGGCUGAUGAUAAAACCAAAGCUAAACAGGACACUGUCAUUGUUGAAGCAGUAUGCCAAGGAUAUCUGGCAAGGAAGAAAUAUUAUGCCAUGCAAAAGGAGAACAAAAAAAAGACAGAAUGCGAAGAAGCAAAAGAGGCUGAAAACAGUGAAGAAAAGGCCGGUCCAUCUGCAGAUGAACCUGGAGCUGCUUCACCAAGCUCUGGAGAAGACUCUGCACCAAAUGAGGCCACAGUGGAGGAAGUAAAGGCUGAGAAGGAUCCGUCUAAAGAAAGGACGGAAGAGGUCCAGGAUGCGGAGUCAAAGCAAAAUGAUGUUGAGCAAGCACAGAAGGAGAAGAAUGAUUUUGAAAGUCUCUCGAAACAUAUAAGGAGUGUCUCUCAGGACUUCCUGGUGUUGCAGCAGAAGCUGAACCAGAUCAUCAUGGCUCAUCAGGUCAACCCCACCAGCAACGGCAUGUUUACAAAAGGAAAGGUCAUGAAUGCUCCUCUGGGGACUGAUCCACAGCCCUCAGAAGAAGUAAAAAAUUCAUCCAAGGAGGAUGGAGCAAAAGAGCCUGAGAACAGUGAAGAAAAGGCCACGUCAUCUGCAGAUGAACCUGGAGCUGCUUCACCAAGCUCUGGAGAAGACUCUGCACCAAACGAGGCCACAGUGGAGGAAGUAAAGGCUGAGAAGGAUCCGUCUAAAGAAGAGAAGCAACCAGAGGCAGGACAGGUGACAGAAGAUGAGCAGAACACCUCUCAGGGUCAAAACGAUGGCUCUGAAAACCAGGCUAAAUCAGGAGCAGAGGAGCAAACAGCAGAGCCUAUGUCUGAGAAGCAGAACGGAGAGGGAGAAAGGUCGGACGAGGCCCAGGAUGCUGAGUCAAAGCAAAAUGAUGUCGAGCAAGCACAGAAGAAGAACGAUUUUGAAAGUUUCUCGAAAAAUAUAAGCAGCAUCUCUCAGGACUUCCUGGAGUUGCAGCAGAAGCUGAACCAGAUCAUCAUGGCUCAUCAUGUCAACCCCAACAGCAAUGGCAUGUUUACAAAAGGAAAGGUCAUGAACACUUCUCUGGGGACUGAUCCACAGCCCUCAGAAGAAGUAAAAGAUUCAUCCAAGGAGGAUGGAGCAAAAGAGCCUGAGAACAGUGAAGAAAAGGCCACUUCAUCUUCAGAUGAACCUGAAGCUGCUUCACCAAUCUCUGGAGAAGACUCUGCACCAAAUGAGGCCACAGUGGAGGAAGUAAAGGCUGAGAAGGAUCCGUCUAAAGAAGAGAAGCAAGCAGAGGCAGGACAGGUGAUGGAAGAUGGGCAGAACACUUCUCAGAGUCAAAAUGAUGGAUCUGAAAACCAGGCUAAAUCAGGAGCAGAGGAGCAAACAGCAGAGCCUAUGUCUGAGAAGCAGAACGGAGAGGGAGAAAGGUCGGACGAGGUCCAGGAUGCUGAGUCAAAGCAAAAUGAUGUCGAGCAAGCACAGAAGAACGAUUUUGAAAGUUUCUCGAAAAAUAUAAGCAACAUCUCUCAGGACUUCCUGGAGUUGCAGCAGAAGCUGAACCAGAUCAUCAUGGCUCAUCAUGUCAACCCCACCAACAACGGCAUGUUUACAAAAGGACAGGUCAUGAAUGCUCCUCUGGGGACUGAUCCACAGCCCUCAGCUGGUACACAACAGACACGGAUGUCUCGGCGAAACACCAAACCAAAGACUCUGAGCACCGAAGACUCCGCGUACUACAACCUCAUCCACCAAUCCGUCCAAGAUGACAAGAAGAGGACGAGGAAACAGAGCCCUAAGAAGCUGUUGGACACUGAUGAUCAGUAUUACCAGAGUCUGAACAGCAAUAAAUCCACAAGCAAGACGUCCGGAGACGCAGAGACACCCGAGUCUGAGGUCCCCAUGUCUGGCACACGCACAUCUUCAGACCAGGACAGGCAGUCUCUGCUCCGAAUGCUCACGAUGGAAAACGAGGAGAACCCUCAUGACUACAGGAAGCUGCUGAGGAAGACUUCUCAGAGAGGAAGGCUUAUCGAACAAAACUAG